AUGGCUGAGGGGUGCGAUGAGAUGACUCCUUUCCACAAGGCUCUCGUCUCAACACUCAUUCCCUCAGCCAGUUGUGUUCUUCAUCACAUUGUAAUACUAUACGCAUUCAUCGUUCCUCAACUUUCUCCUAUGAGUGACGACCAUGCCAACCUCUUCGCGUCUGCAGUACCAGGCAACGGAUCCUCCAAUACUACUGGAGAGAUUGGGAAUGACCAGCAAUGGGACACCGACAUUACUCAACAGACUGGACAUGUCGGACGAUACACCCCAGAUCAAUCUGACGACGGACAACAAGGAACCAGUCCUGUUAGAGAGACUGGGAAUGACCAGUCAGGAGAUGUUGACAACGAAGAACGUAGCGAGAUUGAACAAGAAUGUAUUGAACAAAUGGACGACCUCGUCGAGAGCUUUAGAACCAACGAGAUCACUAAGCUCAAAGCGCUCUCCUGCAUCAUUUCAAUCCUCGAUCUCAACCCUUCCAGGAGUGAGGAAGCGAAAGACGCAGCCGUUGAAUAUUACGCAAAAACCCUCAACGAGGUUCACGCCCUAUCUUCUUCAGCGAUUAGGAGAGGUAGAAUCACCCAGAGUGCGUUCGAUCCCAAAGGACAGAAAUCAAACCCACCCCAGCCUCGCAAAUCUACCGAUCACGACGCUGAAACCGACGAGCUCAUUUCUCAGAUCAGUCGGGAUUCAAAGCGACAUAGGAAGGAACCUUCGGGAAAUGGAUCUGACAACGAAUUCAAUCUCGACCUUGAUGGGGCCUCAAACAAGAAGCGUUGA